AUGGCGUGGCCGUUCCCAGUCAAAGCACGCCGACAUCGAGGCCCGGAGCGGCUCCUUGUGCUUGCACUCGCAGCCAGCAGCGCCGUGGGCUUCCUAGGGCAGCGGGUGCAGGCGAGAACUGGCACGAAGCUCCCACGCCGCUUUCUUGGAGAUUUGUUUGGAGAGCAGAAGGCGGAAAGCCCUGACGGUGCGGAGGCCUUGGAGACCUAUGAAGACGAGCCAGGCCGCGGUGGGCCCUUUGCCCCGGCAGGCUUCGACCUACAGCGAAUGGAGUUCGAGAUCGCGGGGCUCCAAGUUGCUUUCGACAGCUUCUGUCUGAAUGUCUUGUACUACCUGCUGCAUGUGCCCAUCCUCACCUAUGCAGUUUGGGCGCUCUUAGCGCAGAAGACGUACACAGAGGUUAUCAGCAACAGCCCUUUCCUCAUGGCACGGGUGGAUGAUGUGUUGGACAUCAGCCCGUACGCGUCGCGGGUGACGACCCCAGAUCCGGAUCCUGCCACCCGGGAACGGUGCGGUUUGCCAGGGGGGCCAUUCAGCUGCAAGAACAGCACCCCGGCGGUGUACCAGGAGAGUGCGUGA